GAAAGAGAGCAUAAGCAGGGGCGAGGCAGAGGGAGAGAGAGAGAAUCUCAAGUAGGCUCCACUACAUGGGGCUCGAUCCCUCGAACCCUGGGAUCAUGACCUGAGCUGAAAUGAAGAGUCAGAUGCUCAACCAACUUGAGCCACCCAGGCACCCCUGUACCCAAAUACUUCCAAUGACUCUUUGUGAACAGAAGCCCCCAAUAGGAGUGGGGAGGGGGGUUUGAGUGUUGUCCAGAGUAGCCUGUCACAAGAGAGGAAGUCUUUGAAGCCUCAUGUUUCAUCUUAAAAACAAAAGCAAUUUUUGUCCUCUUUUUGGUGUGUGUGUGUGUGUGUGUGUGUGUGUGUGUGUGUGUGUGUUUGAUAAAAAUAAUCUUAUUCUCUUUAAAAUAUCAGCCAAAAUUGGUGUUCUAUAAACAUAUGCCAUGCUUAUGCAUUGGCUUCUAGAACACCACACUGCCAUGUACCUACAUUGCAAUUUGAAAAGACCUAAGCCUUCCUGGACAAAUUUUUCCCCUAAUAAUGAAGAAGCAGUUAAAUUUGUUGUCUGAUUAUUUGAUAGGGCUGAAGUUCAGACACUUUAAUAUGUCAGUUGAAUUCCGAAAAACAGUGCAUAGGUAAUUCUAAACAGUUAGAACUGUUAGUAAGUAGUGAGAUGACACAACACCUGAGUGUAUUUUCUCUCCUCUAUCCCAUACAUCCUACUCUCCAAAAUCUUGCUUGAUCUGUUCAGCCAGUUGACAUGUGCACCAGAUUCAGCUCCACUGUAAGCAUGCUUCUCUGGCCACCCUGCCCUGGUGUCCAUGGAUUUCUCACGGAAGUCUAGUCAUUGCAGGUUUGUGUAGCACAUAUCUGUGCCAUAGCUUGACAGCUUUGUGAUGGCAGCAGGGGAAAGGUCAGUAAACUCAUUUGCAGCAAUUAGCUGCUGGUCAGAGAGUAGUUAAUACUAAUGUGUUAUUCUUUACAGGAUGUUUUUUUUCUUCUCUUGGGAUUUCUCCAAGGUUUUCUCAGAGGCCUGAUUGCCUUCCUCCUGUUGAUUUGUCAGUCACCAGCUCUGUCUUCUUGCCUUACUAGCUAGAACAAGAGGCAAGGGAGUACUUUUUCACAGUCUGGAUCAGACAGCACCCUGAGUCCCUUUCUUGUCAUCAAGCCAAGUUCAUCAUCUACUUCUAUUAGUCCUAGGGUGUGAAGAAGGAAGCUGACCCAGGAAUUCAGCUGGGGUUCCUGAGAAGACAUGUUCCGUUAACAUUCUUCAUCUAACUGCAAUGAGGAGACUGUUUGUAAUGCAGGAAUCGACAAUGGAACCAUCUGUCAGGAUAGUGGCCAUCCUAAGGUGUAGAAAUGGAUAUUCCUUCCCGGGGCCAUUAGGCAGCCCACAGUGGGUAAUAAUAACAAUUGUCAUAUGUAGAGAGCCCUACAAUUUACAAAGUGCUAUUUCAUUGUUUUGUUUAAUUAUCAUAAUAGCCCAGUGAGCAAUGUCUACAAAGGAAUAAUGGGCACCAUUAGUGUUAACUACAUAUUUGAGAAUGAAAGAGAGAGGUCUAGUAGACAUCUACUAGAUCAUCCUGAAAUGUCCCCACCAUUGUUCUUCUCCUGCCUGUGCAUACUAGUAUUCUCAGUCUGAUGAUUAGUCCUGGAAAAUGUUUUUUGUUCAUAUAGGAUUAAUUGUUAUCUCUGGCACUCUGCUGCAGUGGAGUUUUAGGAGAGUUGCCUUCAAGCCCACAAACAAGUGUGAGUCUAUUCCUGUCUUCCAGAAUUUGGUUUCACCUCUUACUGGGGCAGAGGUCUUAGGUGUGGGCAAAAGGACACCAACGGUUCUUGAACUUUUUCCUCCUGCCAAAUCCCUUCUCACAUAGAAGGACACUUCACAGAGUUAACUCAAAUUCUGAAAAUUAGUAUGUCUAUUUUAAAUCCAACCAGAUCUGUCUUUGGCUAUGGUCCUAUGCUUCACACUGUGUCCGGCCUGCCAUAUGCUGGGUUGUGUCACUGUUUAGCAAAAGAGAUGCUGAAUGGAUCUUGUUGUUUGGAACAUUCUACUCACUUGGCCCUGGGCACUACACUGGCUUCCCAUCUGCUUCUGGGUACAGCUCUUGGAUCUGAUUCUAAUACUGAAAGUAGGAGAUGGUCUGAGACCCACCCUCACUGGGCUGUGACUCAACCUUAUGUGUGCAGAGCUUCCUUCUUUUGGGGAGAGUUUUUAUUCAAUUCAGUUGAACUCAACUCAAGUCAUUAGGCAUUUUGAGCAGCAUGAGAAGAAUUACAUUCUACUUAGUAGUGGGUCAGAGUUUGGAGAAUUCUAUUACAACCAAAGCUAUAUGUCCUACAUAUUGUUUCUUUCCUCCAGAUAUCUCUUCACUUGCUCUUGGCUCCUGACUAUUAUGGACUUCAUCAGUGGGCUUCUGUGUUCUCAAGUUCUCAUUGGUUUGACCUUGAGUGGAGGUACCUUGAGUGGAUGUAGGAAACUGAUGUUGGGGUCUGGGGCAUUUAUUGCUCUAGAUCCCUCUCUGAGCUUGCUUUGGGUGGGUGAGUCCCUUCACUAAAGAUUCCUUCCAAGACAGCCUUCAUUAGAGCCCUCUUCUACCAGUGUUUGGUAGCACUCUUCAUCCUUACCCUUUGCUGCCUCGCAGUGGUAGCAAAGUCUUUGACUGUUACUAGCAUUAGACACUACAUUAUAGUCUGUGGUUUCUCUAUACCCUAUUCACAUGGUCCCAUCAUAUAUAGAUUUUCCUUGAAUUACCCUAAUUGGAUUGUGCCAUCUGUUUUCUGUUGAGACUCUGACAGAUGCACUGUGUGAUUUGGGGCAAGCCCCUUCACAGAACUAGUUAACCUCAAAUGUUGUGGGAGAUUUAAAGCAGAUAGCAUCCCUUCCAGCUCAAAAUUUGCUUGGCAAUGUAGGGACUGAAAAAUAAAUCUCUUCUUUAGGAACUUCAGGUCUCAUUACAGAUAUAAUAUAUAUACCUCUGAAAUGCAGAAUAAAACUAAGCAUCCAAGUGAUUAGGAUACAUAGUAAGCGCUCUAAGAAUUUGGAAAUGGGCAAGGUCACUGAUGGUCAAAGGAAACAUAUGGAUCUGCCAGUGAGUUCUGCUCCAACACUGAAUAACCUUUUAUUCGUGGAUUUCCUAAUCUAGAUCCAAAUUGGAUGGUGUCUUCAAGCCUGUACCAAGCAGAAAGCCUAUUUUGGAACUACUCCAGGGAUCCCACACAAUAUUGGUUAACCUUAGACAAGGCCUUUUGGAAAUGAUUUACUCUUGAUUUACUCAGAUACAUCCCACAAUAAAAUAGAAAACUUCUAGGAUUUAUUAAAUUGAAAUGUUCUUUAAAAAAAAAAGUGUAGAAAAAGCAGAUUAGGAGCUGAGAGGCUGGAAUUCUAAUUUUAAUUGUCCUUCUUUAGCUCUGCCUUAAAUGUUUUUUGAUCUGAAAAGAAUUCUCUUUUAUUUUGUUAUAGGUUACUUUGGUUUUUUUCUUUGAUUCAUCUGUAUUAAAGACAUAUACACUGAUAUAAGAAUAAUAUAAUAAUCACCAUCAUAUCUACCAUACAAAUUAAGAAAUGAAAUACUAUCAAUACAAUUAAAGUCCAUGGUACAUGCACUAUAUAUAUAUCCCAUUUGGAUACUACUUUUUUCUCCACCAAAAAUAAUUCCUACUCCCUCUCUCCACCUACCCACCCCUACUCCCUCUUUCUACCCGCCCACCCCAGCCAAGGCCAAGAUGGACACAUCGCUUUGCCAAAUCCCUUUGUGUAGGGAAGCCUCACUUUCACUGAAGAUACAGAGAUAUACUUUAGCCUCAAAGGAUGUUAGCUUUAUGUGAACACUGCUUGCUCAGGCCCAGGCCUUUCUGCAGUGUAUCUGUAAAAACCCAAAGCCUUAGGGGUUUAAAUCCGUAAAUGUCCCCAUGACAUCCAAGGCUUCAAGGCUGGCUUACCCUGUUGGAUUCUGUCUACUCUUUGGUUUGGUUUUGAGCAUUGGAAGUUUCCUUGUUUUCUUACUAGUUCAGUUGUACAUUUUUAAAAUAAGAUAUUUUAAAAAUAUAUCUUCACAUAUUUCUCUUAUAGUAGAAGACUAUUUAAAAAAAUUUGGUUUACCAUAUUCUGCACCAGGGUACAGAAGCUAGACAUUCUACUGAGAAUCAAAGACUACUCAUACUGGAAGUUUGAGAACUCUUCUCCCAUUUCAUAGGCAAGAUGACUAUUGCCUAAGCUAAUUAUGAAAAUAGAAAAACUUUUGUAGCCAUGAAGCUAAUUUGGCUAAUCCAAAUCUGCUGUAAUUCAAAUACAUUGACUAUUAGAAAUGAAUAGUAGAAAGUAAAAUAAUAGUCUCUUUAGCAGUAUUCUGCUGUAGAACUUUUCACUUAACAUUCCUUAAAGGCAGGGACCAUCUUUUUAAAAAUAUUUAGUUUAUUAGAGGCAGCAAUUGUCUUUCUUAUUUUUACAUCUCUCAUGGUGCUUAGUACACUUCUUUUCAUAUUGCAGCUGUUCAAAAUGUAUUUGCUAAUUUGAUUUGAAUUGACUUUUUCAAGUUCAAUGUGAAAACAAAAUGGCCCUCAUGUUUUCUCUUGUUUUGCUUGUCCUGACACUGACAUUGAGCCAGUUCACAGCAAUCCCUUCUGUAGGUUCUAGAGAAUUUGUGACUGUCCUGGUCUAAUAUUGGGCUCAUUCAGUCGCAAAGUAUUUGCUUGGCUUGUACAAAAAUAAAUAACUUUUAACUAGGGAGUUGUGUUUUAAUUAUUUGCAAUCCUGUGUGGCUGAGUAUUAACUCCCAAGUUAAACAUCUAACAAGUAUAAUACAAUAAACGGCAGAGUUUGUUAUGAUUACGUUUGUUUUGUUUUCAUCUCAGCCUGGGAUCAUUAGAAAUGACUGAUUGGCGUGGGAGAUCAUUCCAUCUAUCGUUAUGUCUUUUUCUCCCCGAAGAGACCAAAAGAUCUCAUGAUUCCUUCAGCUUCUACAUUGAUGAAGCCUCUCCAGUAGGGCCUGAACAGCCAGAAACCGUCCAGAAUUUUGUCUCUGUGUUUGGAACCGUAGCCAAAAAGCUGAUGCGGAAAUGGUUAGCCACUCAAACAAUGAACUUUACUGGUCAGCUAGGAGCUGGGAUCCGUUAUUUUGAUCUUCGAAUUUCCACCAAGCCCAGGGACCCCGACAAUGAACUCUACUUUGCUCAUGGUUUGUUCAGUGCCAAAGUCAAUGAAGGCCUUGAGGAGAUUAAUGCAUUCCUCACAGAUCACCAUAAGGAGGUAGUAUUCUUGGACUUCAACCAUUUUUAUGGGAUGCAGAAAUAUCACCAUGAAAAACUGGUCCAAAUGCUGAAAGACAUCUAUGGAAACAAGAUGUGCCCAGCGAUUUUUGCCCAGGAAGUUAGUCUAAAGUACCUGUGGGAGAAAGACUAUCAAGUGCUGGUCUUCUACCAUAGUCCAGUGGCUCUGGAAGUGCCCUUUCUCUGGCCUGGGCAGAUGAUGCCAGCACCCUGGGCCAACACCACAGACCCGGAAAAACUGAUCCAGUUUCUUCAGGCAUCCAUCACGGAGAGAAGAAAGAAAGGCUCAUUUUUUAUAUCUCAGGUGGUACUGACCCCCAAAGCUAGCACUGUGGUCAAAGGAGUGGCCAGUGGCCUCAGAGAAACGAUCACAGAAAGGACCGAUUCUCAAAGCCAACGCUUCAGAAGACCUCUGGCCGCCAUUUCUCUCCCCUCUUGUUGUUCCUUGGAGGGAGGUUAUCUGGACUCCCACAGAUGUGCCUGUUUCUGCCCUAAGAAGCCUGCAAUCUGUUUGAAGAUGCCUUUCCUCGGGAGAGCUCCACAGUCCAGAGAAGGGCUUUGAGGCUUCCUUUGGUUCUGAAACUGCUUGCUCUUUUGCCAACUUAAUUAGCAUCUGUAGCGGGACAAGCAUACUCAGAUGUUUGCCACAACCGUGUGCCUAGAAACAAAGCCCUUCCCAGGACAUUUCCCUAAAACCCUCAUCACCAGUCUUGCCCUUAUAGCACCAGGACCUCUCUCCUCCUUUCUGUCUUUGAUUGGGUUUAUGGACGUUGGAAAGAAAUCCCACAGGCUCAUUUUUCCAUUACGACUGUAUUAUGGCUAGGUGGCUGUCAGAAUUUCCUGCUGCCUUCCUUCCUGGAGAUUCUGGAGACUGGAGCAGGGCAUUGCACAGGCCGUCCCUCAGUGGAUAUUCGAGACAGUACCACUGACAAAGAGCUAGACACUCAUCUUAGCACUUUAUAUGCGCAACUCUAAUCCUUGCCCAUCUCUGGACAGACCCUAGGCUUAUGCAUGUACUUUCCCUUCUCUUGAAAUGCCUUCCUUCUUUAUCUAAUGAGUCAUGACCAAGUUCAGAUGCCACCUGUUUUGUGAUCUAUUCCUUAAAUUCUUUAAUUUCUCCUAAGUGACAUAAAUUAUUUCAUCUAAUAUGCUCCCAUGGAAUCCUAUGCCCCUGAUCAUUGUACCAUAUUAUAUUGUUACAGUUGGUUCGCAUCCAUUUUGCUUGUUAGACUUUGUGACAUCUGAGACCAAGAUUUCUAGUUCAACAUUUAAGUUCCACAAGUGUGGGGUUUUUUCCUUUUAGGUUUCAGGUAUUGUGAUAGGUACAGGCAGUAUACUGGUGACUAUGAUACGAUUUUUGUUUUUUGAAAAGUGUGCAGGCACUGAAAGAAAAAGGCAUGGAAAUGAAUUAUCUCAAUGCCCUGUGCAAUGCAUAGUCACAGAACUAUGUUUAAAGGAUAUAAAGCAUAAAGAAAGGAAAGGGUUCUUCACCCAGACUUAAGUGGGAGGGAUCAAGAUAAUGGCUGAGCCAAAUCUUAAAGGGCAAAUAGAAAUUAGUUAAACCAAGAAGAGGUACUGAAGAAGGAAUGGUAUUUCAUAGAAAGGUAAGGCCUGAAAAAAUGCUGAGGGCAUGAUGAAACCACAGGGUGUGGUUAGGGAAAGAUACAAGCCUCUCAGUAUUGCUGGAGAACAAAUUAGCACGUAGGAAGUAAUAACAGACGAGGCCAAAGAGGGGUGUGUGUGGUGGAUGGUGUGAGAGAAGUGUAGACAAAUUCAUCUACAGUGCUGAAGAGCUAGGUGUAUCUUGUAGGUGAGAGAAGAGUUUGUGGUUGUUUUUGUAGAGAAAUAAUGAAAAGAGAUUGUCCCGGUUGUAGCGUAGAAAAAGCACAGAAAGGCUGUGGGGACAAGGCUAUGGCAGCAUUUCUCUGAGAGAGAUGAAGUUUUGAACUUCAGGGUGUUUCUAGGGAGCUGCAGUUAGAACCCUCUUCUCCAGAGGUGUGCAGUACAUCUUUAUUGAAUGAAUGAAUGAUUUAAAAAACUACAGUUUAACCAGCUUAUACCAUGAAAAUUGUUACACUGGGACAAUAUUUUAUUAGCACCAGAGUAGGUCACUCUAUCCAACACUAAAUAUAAUCAAAACUUGGUAAUUAGCUGUACAUCUUGCAUUGUCAAUAUCAAUAUUGCGCCCAAAGGGGCAAACCUUGGUUCUCGGGAGGGCAAAAGCAAAAUCAACUCUUUUUGUGUAUAAAACACAGAUAUAUAAUCAGUAUAUCAACACAGUCUAUCAUGGAGCAGGAGAGUGAGUAGGAAAAACUAUUUGUAAAGGCUCCAUAGGGGGGCCAUCAUGAAAAUGGGUUAAGAAAUGCCAUUCUAAAUAAUUAUAACUUCAGUAGCAUUCGCUGGUUUUAAUACAGUAUAUUGAGUCUUUUUGUUUAAUAUAAUUCUACUUAAAACUGUCUGAGAUCCAACCUGGCAUUAUUACUUGUUUUGUCUUUCGUAACAUAUUGUCUUUAGGAAAGUAUAUCUGAACAGAAAAAUAGAAGUAUUCCCACAACUCAGAGAAAUGGCAUUUUAAAUGUAAAACUCUUUUUUUUUUCACCUGAGGCCUACACGCUAUUCCAAAAGGAUGUUUCAUCGAUCCUCAGAGCAAUCUAUUUUAUAGGAAACAGAGCAGAGCACUUUCACAUUCUCCUAACAUCUCCCUAUGGGGAUGAUAAUGAGUUGCUAAAUUCAGGUCCAGGGAUUUUAAUCUUUGAGUGGUAGAAGGCAUCUGAAGAGCUGUUUCUGUGGUGGUCAUGGUUCUAAGAUGGGAAUUAGUUGCUGUGACCUUGAACUUCAAGGAAUCUAGUGAACCAGCACAUAGUUAAGAUCAAUACAUAAUGGGCACUGGCCUCAGGGUCAUCCUAUUCAUGCCACCUCCCACCUCCCAAUUCCUCCCAGGAAAUGCCCCAGUUCAGAUAACUUUUUCCACAGAGUGUCCACCUUUUCUAAAAUGCCAAGACGAUUCUGCAUUCACAACAGAGAGAUAUCUUCUGCUCUGGCAAGUCCAGAAGAAAAAGUAAUGGAAUUCAAACCCGAGUGGCUGCACACACAUAGCAAAGGCAUCUGCCUUUCUAAUCAACUUGAACACACUUGUGUCUGUACUUAGGGAUCCAGAUUUUUCAUUGUAAGGUACAAUUAUCUUCUGAAACUGUUGCUGUGAAGACCAAAUUUCUCCACCUGCCAGUCUAUUCUAUGAAGGCAUUUAGAUCCAUGUCAUGCUCGUUUAGAAGCAAUUGGAUCCUCCCCUAUCUGUGUCCAAUGGGAAAAUGUAUAUGCUGAAAAACAUGGAUCAGAAUUUUUAAGGUAUUAUCCACCAGAUUAAGGUAGUCCAAGGCAGUCGACCCAGUGUUGCCUGGGAUAGUGGAGUUUGCUUAGACC